CCCGUGACGCAGCUGGGCCACGAGCAGUGCAAGCAGUGCGGCGUGUACGAGCGCAUGCUCUUCCUCUUCACCUCCACCGUCGCCGAGUGGACCCUCUGCCCCGCCAACUUCUCUCUGCGGGACCCGCACAGGCCCGCUGCCAGCAGACCGCACACGCGCAGCGAGAUCGGCGCAUCUGUCACGGGUGGCGUGGCGGUGGUUGACGUGCCGGGGGUGCUCUAUGUGUCGCUCGCCUGUGACACCUGUGCGGCUCCCCCGCCUCCUCCUCCUGCCCAACCUGUAACGCAGUUUGAUCCAGCGGUCACGAGUGUCACGGGCUCGUGGGUCACGAGCGUUAUCCUCUCCUUCGCCUUCAUCGUGGCCCUCGCCAUGUGCUGCGUCAUCGCGCUCAUUCUGCGUCGCCAGCACCGCCGCCGCCAGCCCCAUGAUGAGAUGGAGAAAUCCCGAUUUCUAGGCCUGCACGGUGGUGACAGCAGCAGCAGCAGCAGCCACCCGGAGCAGAGUCACAAUGCACCGUACCUAGACAAGGACACUGAAGGCGGGGAUGACGGUGGUUCUGGUGUAGGGGGAGGAGCGGAAGGAGUAGGGGUAGUGCUGCUGCUGCUGCUGCUGCUGCUGCUGCUGCCGUCGCCGCUGCCGCUGGUGCUGGUUUGACAAUGGCUAUAGAGAUGAUGAUCCGUUCAUGGGUAAUGGCCAUGCUACUGCUGAGCUUCACUACCGCAGUUUGGUAGCGGGAAGUCGGAUGAGCAUAGAGUGCCUAUGAUUUAGUGGCUCUCUGAAGCAUAUGUAUGCGCUGCGAUAGAGACAAGGGCCCAAGAUGGGCCCUGUGUGAACCAUUGAUGCUUUUGCCUCUUUUUAGCUUCAUCUUUGACUUA